CUCGCAGUCUAGUGAGAGUAAUGGCCCUGAGCGGUGCAGAAGGUACCCCUGCUGCUGCUGCUGCUGCUGCUGUUUAGCCGAGCUCUUCUCUCCUCUCCCGACACGGAGCGAGCGACCGAUUGUGUGCCGCCGCUGUUCAGUCGUCGUCGGCCGCUUCCUCGUCGCGCUCGCAGCAACUCACGCACGUUCGUCGCACGCAUCCCGCCGACAGUAGUGCUCUGCGGUGGUGCCCUGAUGCGAGCCCUCGGCAGGGCCCAAGGACCGCGUGCGGUGGUGUUAGUGCGUUCAAUUAACCGGCCGUCCCAGUGAGAUGCCGUAGGGUGAUCGGUGACGCGCGCCCGCAAACAUGCAAAUGAUGGGAAAACAUCAUUUUGCCAAUUGCUACCAGACUCUGUGCUUCUACCUGUUGCUUCUCCUACUUAUGAUCUCCGAGCACAAGGGCGUGCUGAGUUCGGGCUACUUCGAGCUGCAAGUGAUGUCCAUGGUAAAUCUUCGAGGCGAGCUCAAGAAUGGAGACUGCUGUGGUGGUGGAGCACGCGAUAGGAAUACUGAUGUGUGCCCGAACCAAUGCAUCACAUACUUCAACGUUUGCCUCAAAGAGUAUCAAAGCAACGUGACGUCAACGGGGGCCUGCUCGUUCGGCUCCGUUGACAGCCCGACCCUCGGAGGCAACUCUUUCAGCUUCAACGGACACUCAAGAUCUCAAGACCGCCUCGUCCUACCCUUUACCUUCAGAUGGACGAAGUCUUUCACUUUGAUCCUCCAAGCUUUUGACAAACACGAAAACGCAUCCAGGAUAGCCGAAGACCGCUUGAUCGAAAAGUCCACUUACUCUGGCAUCAUCGAGCCCAGCACUGGAUGGCACACUUUGACACACAAAGGUCAAAAGGCCACAUUUGUCUACAGGAUACGCGUUCAAUGUGAUGAGAACUACUACAAUGUGACCUGUACGACCUUCUGCAGGCCUAGGGACGACAAGUUCGGACACUUCAACUGCACCCCCGCCGGAGAAAAGAUCUGCAUUGAAGGAUGGGAUGGGCCAAACUGUGAUGUUCCUGUCUGUAAAAAAGGUUGUCUUCAUGGCACAUGUGUUCGACCCGGAGAGUGCAUUUGCAGAGAAGGCUGGGGCGGCGAUUUAUGCAACGAGUGCAACCCGUACCCAGGGUGCAAGCAGGGCUACUGCAAGAAGCCUUGGGACUGCAUCUGCAAUGUUAAUUGGGGUGGCAUUCUUUGCGACCAAGAUCUCAACUACUGCGGCACUCACGAGCCGUGCCUGAACGGCGGCACCUGCAAAAACACCGCCCCCGACAACUACCAGUGCGCCUGCCUAGAGGGCUUCUCGGGCACCAACUGCGAGAUCGUGAAGAACCCGUGUGCCGUUGCCCCGUGCAAGAACAAAGGCGUCUGCCAAGAGGCCAAUGGACACUUCAACUGCACCUGCGCCGCCGGGUGGACCGGACACACUUGCGAAACCAAUAUCGAUGAGUGCGACUCCUCGCCCUGCAAGAACGGCGGCACCUGCGUCGACCUGGUCAACAACUACAGGUGCAUUUGCCCGUUUGGAUGGAAGGGAGCCACUUGUGAAGAAGACGUGGACGAGUGCAAAGCGGACAAGUCGCCUUGCAUAAACGCAAAGUCAUGCACCAACCUCCCAGGUAGCUACACAUGCCAGUGCGUCGAAGGGUGGACCGGCCGAAACUGUGACCACAAUAUUAAUGACUGCGUCGGACAAUGCCAGAAUGGAGCCCUUUGCAUCGACCUGGUCAACAACUUCUAUUGUGCCUGCACCUCCGGCUUCACAGGCAAGAAGUGCGAGGUGAACAUCAACGAGUGCGAAAGCAACCCGUGCAAAAACGGCGGCGAGUGCGUGGACGGCAUCGCGUCCUUCCGCUGCAUCUGCUCCGUGGGGUACGAGGGCAAGACCUGCGAGAUCGACCACGACCACUGCAAUCCAAAUCCGUGCAAGAACGACGCAGAGUGUCUAGUGAACCCGCAGGAGGAGGACUACUUCUGCCAUUGUCAGCCCAACUGGACGGGCAAGAACUGCAGUACGCCGGUCGACUUUUUGGACAGUUGUUCGGCGCAGAGUGUGCUGUCCAACGGCAGUGCCAUCAGCAUCUGCGGCCAACAUGGCACGUGCGUGGCCCAGCCCGGAGGCAACUAUUGGUGUCAAUGUGAACCUGGCUACACCGGCCAGUUUUGCCACGAGAACAUCAACGACUGCGCGGAGACCGUGUGUCAGAACGGCGGAACUUGCGUGGACAGGGUCAACUCGUUCCAAUGCAUAUGUCGCGAUGGCUGGGAGGGCACCUAUUGCCAAGAUGAUCGCAACGAGUGCGAUUCCAAUCCGUGUGAGAACGAUGGCAUCUGCCAGAACGGCGAUGCCGACUUUGUCUGCAAAUGCCGCGGUGUCUGGAAGGGUAAGACGUGCAGCCUGAGGAACAGCCACUGCGACCAGAACACGUGUCUCAAUGGCGGAACCUGCCAGGACAUGGGCAACACAUUCAUGUGUCGCUGCGCGCCAGGGUUCGAAGGCAGCAUCUGUCACAUCCCUAAAUCACAAGCAUGCCAGUCAAAUCCGUGCAAGAACGGCGCCACUUGUGUCAACGUGGAUGGCGGCGGCUUCAAGUGCAUUUGCAAGGAAGGCUUUGAGGGCAACACCUGUGAAAAGGACACGGAUGACUGCAGCCCCAUGCCGUGCCACAACGGCGGACAGUGCGUCGACGGGGUCAACUGGUAUCGGUGCGAGUGCGCCAAAGGCUUCACGGGGCCUGACUGCAGGAUCAACAUCGACGACUGCGCCUCCAGUCCUUGCAAGAAUGGCGGCACCUGCAUCGAUGGCAUCGGAACCUUUGAGUGCACCUGCCCACCUGGCAUGCACGGUCAACUCUGCGAGCAAGGGGAUUCAUACGAUCUAGACUGUGUGCUCGACGGCCAGUACAUCAAACCCAACGUUUCGUGGGUGGACAACUGCAACACCUGUAUGUGCGUCGGCGGCCGCAUUCGCUGCACUAACGUGUGGUGUGGUCCGUACAACUGCCGCGAACCCUCGCAGCGGUGCCCGUUGACUACCAAGUGCGUCGAAUCGCACCGCGAGAACUGCCUGACGCCCGACUGUCAUCCGUGGGGCGAGUGCCUCUCGUUGACGUCGCCACAGCCGUUCAGCAAGUCGUAUCCGGCGCCCGCCGACUGCUGGCCCAACCAGGCGGUGAUCAGUUCCCACUGCGCGCGUGUCAGCCUCACGCUGGACCGCAGCAAACUCAAGUCAGGAACUUCCGUCCAGAGUAUCUGCAACGAACUGAGGAAGAUUGCCGUCACCUACCAGACGUUCAGUGGUGGCUCGGACAACCUGUACAUCUUGUGCGAGUUGAAGAGCGGCUUCAACAAUAUCGUCGAAGCUACAAUGUCUUCGAAACCAUCUGAUCUGUCCUCUGAAGUGCUGGCGGUGACUGAGGGCAUCAAGCUGCUGAGCGAGUCGAUGCGCUACAAGCUGGUCAACGCGUCGAGCCUCUCGGAGGCGAUCAAGCAGAUCAACGUUGAGAUCAAGGUGGACGAUCCGCCAGGAACCUACUGGCUGAUCGCCCUGCUCUGCAUGCUGAUCCUCGCGAUUUUGGUGCUGAUCGUGCUGGUGCUGCUGUGGCAGUGUCGGGCCCGCGUGAGCCCAAACCUAUCCCCGGGGGUGGCUGAGCACAUCGACCUCCGCUCGUCCGAGCUAGAGAAGUCCAACAACGUGUCGUACGAGGAGAACCUGCACAGGUGCGCCAUCGUGUCCAUCAUUGAGCCGUCGCCGACCGGCUUGUGCAACGCCGCUUGCAACGCAGAACUGACCGAGGCGGGUGCGGGGGUCGGUGGUGGGGGCGGGGGUGGAGUGUGUGUCGACGAUGAGGGCAUCGACCCAAGCGUCUCGAACAAUCUCAACUUCGUCAAGGCGUCUUCGGCGCGGAUAUCGAACCAGUUGUUCAAGCCGCAGAAUCCUGACGUGAGCAAAAACAAAUCACCAGUGAACGUGAUGGCGCACAAAGACUUUAACAAGCCCAUCAACCUGCGGGUGCUGCCAAUCCAGAGGAACGUGCAGUCGCCCACCGACAGACAGCAGCACCAGCAGCAGCAGGAGGACGUUUUGACUGUUAUCGUGUAGAGCGAGCUGCCGCUGUGCGUUGUUGAUUAGGUCUUUAGGAGCUUUCAAACCGAGUUUAAGGGUUACUCGCGCAAGUGCGCCAAACUCUAAUUGUUAUUGAUGAAUUGGCUCGUGGAAUUUAGUCAAUAUUACUCAUUCUCGCGCGACUGCCUCUACAGGGGCAUCUCGGAUAAUUUUGAUGGACAAUUUUCUCACUGAGCAUUGAACAGGUUCCACGAGCCUAACGAAGAAUUUAUGAAAAAACGAAACAGUGUGAUAGUGUGUAAGAAAAUUGCCAUCUAAAGUAAGUAAUAAUUUUAUUUAAAAACAGAGAGAGGAUAUAAUAGUUAUAAUUAUUUUUAUGAAAACUGUGACAUGUUCCUUAGUUAGUCCAGUGCCUGUUUUUUCUUGUAGAAGAAAAUCGGUUUAAUAGAAACUAAUUCGAAAUGAUUUUAUUCAUUCGAAAGGACUGGAGCUUUUAAUAAAGAGAGAUGUAAAAAUUUUAAUUAUUAUUAAUAAUAUUAUUCAAAGUUGUGACUCGCGAAACAGGAUCUUUAUGUAAUUGCUGAUUAACGAAAAUGUGGCCUUUUAUAUUUAUAUUGCGCUGAGUAUAAGUGUAGGAGAAAAAGAUUUGCGUGUGCGUUUGAGUUCCUUGCAAGGGCUGGGAAAAUGUAAAAUGAAAAAUAGGAAAAAUGGAUGCGUAUGAAAGCUAAAGAAGAGGUCUGAAACGCGCGUAGAAUGUUACUGUAUAGUAUUUUACCACAGGGCUGGAGCAGUGAUUUUCUCCCUGAUGUAUUUGUGUAUACACAUUUGUACUUAAAGAUAAAAUUAAUUUUAUUUCUGUAAUAAAACUGAGAGUUAAUUAAAGAUAUAGCUGUAGAAAAAUA